CAGAGAAAUAAGAGGAACCCUCUGAAAGUUGCAUCCUUCAUUUCUGCUUCAUGUUGUUUUCUCCAUUCUCAUCAUGAAGACCUCAGAAUUAUUGCCUGGCUUGUUUUACGCUCCUGCUCUUUGGCUCUUCUGGCUCACAAGGCAUGCAGUGGACUCAGUUCAGCUGUCGGCUCCAGAGGAGGUAACAGCCGCGUACGGAGGAUCUGUGACAGUCUCUUGUCAGUACAACCUUAGGUUCAGAAAUCACACCAAGUACUGGUGCAAAGGAAAGAGGUACGAGCUGUGUGCCAUAGUGGUGAAAACGCCCAGGAACCGACAGAGUGACAGAUCCUCCAUUGCAGAUGAUAAGAAUGCAGGGGUCUUCACCGUUACUAUGACUUCUCUCAGAGAGAGUGAUGAUGAUAUGUACUGGUGUGUGAUUGCCAGAAGUGGAAAAAAUGUCUUCACUGGUGUCAGGCUCCGCGUCUCUCAAACAGCGACAACAACAACAGGCGCUGCUCCCACCACAUCGUCCAGUUCAUCAACAGUGACACAAGAUGAAAUGCAUUGGUGGGCAACUCUACGUUGGAUCCUCUUCAUUUUAAUGUUGUCUUGUCUGGUAUCAACACAUAUCGUUGUGUGGAGGAUGAAGACUGCAAGGAUAAGAGAAUUCUCAAUUCUCUUAUGACUAAGUUUGGCAAAACCAUCAUUUCAAAUCCUGAAUGAAUUACAACCCUCUCAUGCUGGGGCUGCAAAAUAAUUUCUCCACUGGACCCUCUAUCAGCAUGUGAAUUAAACUGAAAAAUAAACCAAGUGAAAAAGUGGCUUUCAGACUCUUUUUUUUUC